UUAGUGUCAGUGGUAGCUUGAAUCCGUGGCGAACCGCGAUCUAUACUAGGCCGGUGCAGUCUCAGCAGGAGUGGGACCCUGAGGCUUGAGAAACAGGCUUUUCUUUGGUCCGGGACUCCCCGGCGUUCAGCGCUUCCCCCCCAUAACCGGACACCAAUUAUUCGGACUCUUUGCCUCAGACCCAGGAGUCAUAGAUGCCAGGAAGUAUGGCCCCCCUCAAGAAGCCUCGAAAUACCACAAAGUUGCCCCUGGCUUUAAACCCCCUGAAGAGCAAGGACGUGUUGGCAGUGCUGGCUGAGAGGAACCAGGCUAUAGUACCCGUUGGGGCAUGGGUGGAGCCUGCCCCGCCGGAUAGUUCAGCAGUCCCGGCAUCUACUUCAGCAUAUUUGAUUGAAGAAGAGCUAAAGGAACAGCUAAGAAAGAAACAAGAAGCUCUGAAGCAUUUUCAGAGACAAGUCAAACGCCGAGUAAAUCAGCAAGUUAGGCUGAGAAAAAAGCAACAACUUCAGAGGUCUUAUGAAGCCGCAGAAAAAGAAGGCUCUAUAGCCAUGCACUCUUCCGAUCUAGCAUACUUAACUCUUAAAAGAACGAGUGUUUUUCCAAACCAUUUGAAUGCUGCUAUUGGAAGUGCUAGGUUACCUCCUUCCCAGAAGCUUGAGGAUGGAAUAGAAGAUAGAGAGAAUCAGAAUGAACUAUUCCAACAACAAGCCCAGGCUCUUAGUCAAACCAUGAAAGAAGCACGUCAACGGCUGGCAUCAUUUAAAACUGUGAAUAAAAAAAAUGCAUCGGUGUUUCCAGAUGAUCGAAAGAAAAACUUUCCCACCCAAGAGGAACCUGACACUGAGGAAUCUUCAUCUAUUAUGAUAGAUAAGAAAGGGAAAAAGAAUUUGUCUUGGGGGGACCAGCAGGAUCUCCUUUUUGAAGACAAGGAUAUACCUUUCAGCACAGUUCAGAAAGUACAAUUCAAAAAUCCAUUAUUUGCUGUGAUGGAAGAGGAAGAGGUAAAGCAGUUACAUCAGGAUGUUCUGCCAGAAGCCCAGGAUUAUCUUCCAGAAGCCCAAGGUGACCUGCUGCAAACCCAGGGUGAUUUGACAGGCGUCUGCAGUGUUGAGCUGGAAGCCCAGAGUGUUGAGCUGAGGCUCAGUACCCAGGAUAUCGAGCUGGAAGACCAAGCUGUUGAGCCCAAAGCCCAGGCUGUUAAGACCAAAACUCAGAGUGUUAUGCUGAAAGAUCAGAAUGUUGAACUAGAAGAUGGGAAUAUUGUUUUGGAAGUCCAAGAUUUUCUACUCCAAAACCAGGCUUUUCUACCCACAGACCAGCAUAUUCUUCGCAAAGACCAGAAUGUUCUACCCAAAUGUCAGGACCAGGAUUUUCUACCCACAGACCAGCAUGUUCUUCCCAAAGACCAGAAUGUUCAACCCAAAUGCCAGGACCAGGAUUUUCUACCCAGAGAUCAGAAAGCAAAUUUGAAGCCGCCAGCAUCAAUUUUGAUAGGUAGGAGUGGGGGAGAGGUGUUUCCUCUGGAUGUCCAUCAGGAUCUUCUACACAGGCAUCAAGAUCAGGCCUUCAUCAAUGGCAAGAAGGUACGCUUCAAGGAGUCAUAUUGUGAUAUGACAAAUGAGAAAGGGAGAGAAGACUUUUCUCUGGCAGGUUAUCAGUAUCUGCCUCCUAAACUUCAGGACCAGGCCUUCAUCAGAGAUCAGAACAAGUGUAUCAAGCAGCCCUCAUCUUUUGAGAAAUGGGAGAUUGAAAGAGGAGUUGCUUCUGGAGUGCCAUCGCACAGGAACUAUGGGCAGGCCUCACAUAAUAUGACAGAUGAGAGAUGGAGAAAGGAGUUAUUUCUGGAGCACCAUGAAUAUGUUUUACAUGAAAUCCAGGAUCCAGGCUCCACCAGAGAGCAGAGCUUACGCUCCAUACGGCAACCAUCUGCUGGAACAGCUGAAAGACGGCGAGCAGGUUUGCUUCCGGCUGGCCAUCAACAUCUUCCACCCAAGCACCAGAGAGAGGCUUCCAGCAGCAGACAGGUUGGUGGUGAAUAUCAAUCAGGAUUGAACACUGAAUUCCAAACUCCACUGGCACUUCAGUCAGGAGUAAGUCAAGAGGAAGACAAGAAAGAGCGUCAAAAGCAGUACCUGAGAUAUAGACGACUCUUCAUGGAUAUUGAAAGAGAACAAGUGAAAGAACAACAAAGGCAAAAAGAACAAAGGAAGAAAAUUGAAAAAAUUAAGAAAAAGAAAGAGCAGCAACGUUAUGCUGAAGAGCAGAGGAUAUUAAGAAUGAACUUUCGUGAAGAGCCAUAUUCAGGGGAGAAGAUGAGUGAGAUACUAGCCCAGCUACAACUUGAGGAAGUAAAAGGAGCCAGAGAAAAACAACAGAAAGAAAAGGAGUACCAAAGGUACCGAGGCUUCAUCCUGCUGAUUACCUUCUUAAUCUACACCUGUUAUCACAUGUCCAGGAAGCCCAUCAGUGUCGUCAAGAGCCGUCUGCACCGCAACUGCUCAGGGAUGAUCCAGCCCAUCAACGACACCCACAGCCUCAACGACACCACGUGGUGCAACUGGGCCCCAUUUGAUCAGAGCAACUACAAGGAACUCCUGGGGGCGGUGGACAACGCCUUCCUCGUGGCCUACGCCGUCGGCAUGUUUAUCAGUGGCAUUUUUGGGGAGCGGCUCCCCCUCCGUUACUACCUUACAGCCGGAAUGCUGCUCAGCGGCCUUUUCACCUCGCUCCUUGGCCUUGGGUAUUUCUGGAACAUCCACGCCCUCUGGUACUUUGUUCUUAUCCAGAUCUGCAACGGACUCGUCCAGACCACGGGCUGGCCCUCCGUGGUGACCUGCGUAGGCAACUGGUUCGGGAAGGGGAAGCGGGGGCUCAUCAUGGGCAUCUGGAAUUCCCACACAUCCGUGGGCAACAUCCUGGGCUCCCUGAUCGCCGGCAUCUGGGUGGAUGAGCAGUGGGGCCUGUCCUUUGUGGUGCCCGGCGUCAUCACCGCCAUCAUGGGCCUCAUCACCUUCUUCUUCUUCAUUGAAUACCCAGAAGACGUGGGCUGCUCCCCACCUCAACACCAUGGUGGGCUGGAAGAGAACGUGGACGACGCUGAGGACCCUGGCAGUGGGCCCCACUCUAACAGAGAGAACGGCCUGGAGUCUGCUGUCACCUCCUCCAAGGAGCCAAGCGCUCAGCCCGCUGCCAUCAGCUUCUCUGGGGCGCUCUGGAUCCCGGGUGUGGUCGAGUUCUCCUUGUGUCUGCUCUUUGCCAAGCUGGUCAGUUACACCUUCCUCUACUGGCUGCCCCUCUACAUCUUCAAUGUGGUUCACUUUAGUGCCAAGGAGUCUGGGGACCUGUCCACGCUCUUCGAUGUUGGUGGCAUCGUAGGCGGCAUCCUGGCGGGGCUCAUCUCUGACUACACCAAUGGCAGGGCCACCACCUGCUGCGCCAUGCUGAUCUUGGCUGCCCCCAUGAUGUUCCUGUACAACUACGUUGGCCAGAGCGGGAUCAGUAUCUCCAUAGUAAUGCUGCUUAUCUGUGGAGCCCUGGUCAACGGCCCUUAUGCCCUCAUCACCACUGCUGUCUCGGCUGACCUGGGCACGCACAAGAGCCUGAAGGGCAACGCGAAGGCGCUCUCCACCGUCACGGCUAUCAUCGACGGCACUGGAUCCGUAGGUGCGGCUCUGGGGCCUCUGCUGGCCGGGCUCAUUUCCCCCACAGGCUGGAACAAUGUCUUCUACAUGCUCAUCACUGCCGACAUCCUGGCCUGCUUGCUCCUCUGCCGGCUGGUGUACAAAGAGAUCCUGGCCUGGAAGGCAUCCCUGAGUAGAGACAGAGGUUCAGAAACCAAGGGCAUCUGGCCCCUCUGCCUGGGGUGUGCAGACAGAAGCGGCUACCAAGCAAAGCCUCUGGAGCAAAACCCAAAGCUGGCCUGCUGUGCUCUCUGCCUGUUGCCCAGCGGUGGCGGGAAGCUCUUGCUAAUGAGAAGCUGCCGGAGCGAUGGACCUGGUCUGGAUGGUAAAUGUGAGGAAGAGCCCACUGGGGUCAUGGUAACCAGCACUGUAUCUGGGGGAGAACUUCCCUUUGAGGAAGGCGUCGUCCGGGUUAAGGGGGAGAAGAAUGCAGGGCAGGAGGCAUUAACGGAGUCUGUGCCCUGCCCUGCCCUGGAGGGGGAGCAGUGA